GUUUUCUCUGUGGCAACCAUGGCUAUAAUCAUCAUCGCAAUGGUGAUCUGGAAGAAACAGAUAAACUCGUAUCUCAAACACUACAAACCAUCGUUUCCGUUCGGUGCUAUGGACGUGGUGCACGUCUUCAAUUACCCGGAGCUCCUCACUGCAACCAAAGCCUUCAGUGAGAAAAUCGCAAGUGGAGGCGUUGGCACGGUUUUCGAAGGGAUACUCUCCGUUGCCGUGAAACGGCUGGAGAGCUUCUCGAGCCAAGGAUACAAACAGUUCAAGGCGGAGGAAUCACACUACUUCCUGAUUUACGAGUACGUAGCAAACGGAUCGCUAGACAAGUGGAUCUACAAGCCGCGGGAAGAGCUCAACUGGGACACGAGAUUCAAGAUAGUCGAGGAGAUUGCUCGAGGGAUGUGCUACCUCCACGAGGAAUGCAGCACUAGAGUCCUGCACUUGGACAUCAAGCCGCAAAACCUACUCCUGGACGAAAACUUUGGUGUCAAGAUAGCAGAGUUUGGACUGUCGAGGAUGGUAGAGCAAGGAGAUCUAAGCGAUGUCAUGACAAUGAUCUGAGGAACACCCGGAUACAUGGCUCCGGAAUGGUUGCAGAUGAGAGUGAGAGACAAACUGGACAUCUACAGCUUUGGGAUCC